AUGGAGACCGGCAGCAGCACUGCGGGAGACGAUGCCGGCAACCCUUCGUCCCUCUCUCACCGCACAAAAUCCUCCGCCGAAGAAGCUGAGGCUUCUGCUUUCCUUUCGACGCCUGAGGCUGAGGCGAGCAUGCAACCGGUCCACCGUGGAGGCGACACACAAGUUGACGACACACUGAUGGCAGCCGCGGACGCUAGUUCUCCGGAAGCCACGGAGAAGCUGGCGGGUAGCACAACAGCGAAGGGCCCAUCAUCAACACCGAUAUCCUCAGAUGCGCCUCUCAGAACCGACCGAGCCACGAGCCACGUGCAGAAUCUAGACCAGUCCACAACCUCCGGCGUCCGUCAGGAGCGAAAAAACACUACAGCUAAUGCGGUGACCGGCAGCUCGUCUGAUGGGCCUCGGAGCCCGAGUGACUCCACCGCCGCACCACUGCGGCAGUCGCCUGGUCGACAAGACGCGGGGACGACAGCGACCGAUUCGUUUGAGAAAGACAUCUUCAGCGGUGAAGCGGAAUCGCAAGAGACGUCUCAUAGUGAUAACGGCAACCCGCUCAUUGUAGUCGAUAAAGACUUCGUGUGCAAAUAUCCACGGGGAGAUUGCGACGGUUCACCGUCUGACUACUGGUAUAUGACAAGCGGCCUUCUGUCCGCAUGUCGGCAGGUCGUCCCUCUCGGCCGCUACCGUUGGCUCCUUGUCCUCGAUUUAGUUUGCGCGAAGCGUAUGUUGCCGCACCUUCAUAUUCCUCCAGCUUCUGUUCGCCGGUCAGUAUUCCAAAGAGAGGGGGGAGACUCAGGUGACGAAGGCGGGGCUGAACCAUUCUCUCUUUUUCCCGAGGCGGACUGUGACCACAAGGGCCUCGUCGACGUGCGGUGCGCUGUCCAGUGCGGGUGGCGCCCUCCGAGGUCGCUCCAGAGAGACGCUGACGAGGCGAACAGCCACGCAGAAAGCACGCCGGAGCAUGCGGAAGCCGACACGAGCCCUCCACGGAAGAUCCUGAGGUGCCUCUUCCAGUACGACAAGGAAGGCCUCUGGGGGAUGCGGCAGGAGCAUGUUGGGUCGUGCUUCGUCAUCGACGGCGGGUGCGAAUCUCCCUUCGAGGAGCGCCACCGAAUUUUCUGCACUGGAUGGCGCGGGCAGGGCGCUGGCUUCGACUCCAGGGAUCCUCCGCUUCCGCAAAGCACGGAUUCCGUCAAUCUGUGUAUGGAGGACGACUGUCGCGACUGCAGCGCGUUCCUCCACCCAGAGACAGGUCUGGUCACCCGUGGGUGCCCAAACGCCUCAUGGCAGGCCGAGGGCGGGGCGUACGGACCGGCAUGCUACGCCAGCGUUUCGACGACCUCCCCUCGGCGCGCGGUUGGCUUCCGCCCGACAGCCUCUGAGUACUCCCUGCACUCGACAGAAGACCUGGCGCUCAUGAAUUUCGAUGAGCACGCACUUCCAGAGGCUGCUCAUGCUGACUCAAGGGUCCAGCGAUCCGGCAAACCGAAAGAGAAGGAGGAAACAGGGACAGAAUUCCGAGAGCCGCAGCGGGGAACUGAGGGGCAAGAUAGCCGCACACCCGCUGGAAACACGCAAGAAGCGGGAAGAAGAAAUCCCGAAGGCGGAAAAAGCAACGAGGUAGCCGCACUCAAGCGAGGCAGCUCAAAGAGGGAAGAAAAGACGGAGGAAGCUUCGAUGGAGAAAGAGGAGGGCAGCUCGCCGUCCGCGGGCCUGCGGCGCGCGAGGUCGCUGCAAGGCCGCGGGAUUGGAGAAGCCCACGGAGCAAUGACUGCUGAGAAUAGAACGACAGCCAGAGACAGGACUCUGCACGGAGUCUGUUUUUCGUACAGCAACUCGGUGCUGCCUCAGCUGAGCAUUUAUUCCGCCGAUGAAGACUGCUACGGCGAGUGGAGCGACUGGUCGCCAUGCAUUCCUUUCCAUCCUCUUCUGCAACUGCACCACAGGCAGCAGCGAAGCCGCCCGGUCUCUCCGCAUUCUCCAAGCAUGCAGAGCCACGAGGAACCGCCUGCGCAGCGUCCACGCUCCAAUCCCUCUCCGCAUGCCCAAAGUGUUUCUCAGGUCGCUUCACCCCUUUCCACGGGUGUCUCAGUUCAUACAGCUUCCUCCGCUGAGGAUGGUACCCCUGGCGGGCGUUCUCAGGUGAAGGAUUCUGAUCCUGCGGAAACUCGCUUGAAUCCCGAGGCAUCGCCGGAUAGGCGACUCAGUCAGGCCUUUUUUCUGCCUCAGGCUCUGUUUCCCCUCCCGUUUGCUGGCGGCCUCGAGACCUCUCCUGCAGCGGACGGCGGAGAGAGGAGAUUCCACAGUCCGAUGUUUCCUCCGCUUCCGGGCCAGUUCACCGCUUCUCCUCAGCUCGGCGUUCCUGUCCCCAGGCCUCGAGAUAAGUGGGAAGUGCCCUCCUACGACGACGGAUCGCCAGCAGCGAACUGCUACAAGACCCGCGUUUUCCAAGUGUAUAUACAGAAGCACGGCCGCGGUCGCGACUGUAAAGAAAAGGAAGGGAGCAUUCACUUCGCAACUUGCGAAGAAAGUGAGGGGUGCGUAGACGCCCUCGAGGCAGCCGGCAGCCAGUUCCACUCGCUGCUUGAUUUCUUCUUGCAGCAGAGGGAAGCCGCCAUUCAAGAGCAAAAGACGCUUCACAACGAGGAGGAUGCGACGAAAAGGCACAGACAAGCGACUUCCUCAGGGACGCAGGAGGGAAAUGACAAAGAUGAGGCUCGGGACCUUGUCUCGGAGUGGGGUGACGCGGACACACACGAGGGAGGCCUCCCGACCGGCGCGGACGCCUCAGGGAAAACUGGCGGCAGCGCGAAUUCCGCACACGCCGAAUCUUCCUCUCAAGGUGAAGAGGAGAAACGGGGUGAACGCCUCCUCAGUCCAGGUGUUUGCCCAGGGCGAUGGAGUGCGUGGAGCGAUUGUGAGGCUGACUGCUACUCAAGAAGGUUCUUCAGCCUUCUCCUUUCUUCCAGCUCUCGCGAGUGUGCUCGCGCGGCGGCAGCCAUGGAGAUGACGCAGUGCAGAGAGGGUCCUCCGUUCUGCAGGUCCGCCUCUGUCUGGGCUGGCGGGGUCGACGGCCCUAGCCAGCGAGGGCGGCGCGACGCCGAGCGGGCGUCCCCGGGGUCACGCGACGCGUCUGCAGACGACGGAGUGAGAGACGAGGCAUCGAGCAAAGUCUCAAGCGAGGCAGAUGGCGCGCAGAAAACGCCAAGCGACGCGGCAGCGAGUCCUGUCGCCUCCCGCCAGUGGCUGCAAAUCUUCCUCAGGCCGGACGGGACCAUGGGGGCGUUUGACGAGGAGGGCAACCGCGCCCCUCUGCUGAUGGUAUCCCCGGACUACAAGGGCCGGUGCGGCAUCGCAGUCGGCGAGUGGAGCCUGUGUGACGGCCUCUGCCGAAGGUUUCGUUUUUUCUCUCUGCAUUCUCUGCGCCCCGGAGACGGCGAGGCGGACCGGGCCUGCGCCGGCCGAGUUCCCCUGAUGAGAGAGCGUGCGCUGUGUGGGACGCCGUCGCACUUUUCUCCAGAGGACCUUCUCGUGGCUGCAGCAGAGACUACCCACCCGCAGCCUGCCUCAGGCCAGCAGGGGCGCUGUGUCGACCCGCUCGUGAUUGUUGCGGACCUGCGCGUGUCUGUACUCCUCACCACCCCCAGCGUGAGUGUAGCGGAGAUUCUCUCGGGCGGCGCAGCCACGGGACGCGAGGACAACGAGGAGAAUAUCGCAGGGCAGACGGAGAAUUUCGGAGGCCUCAAUGGGGCCCUAUUCAACCUCAGCGUGAUCCGAAUGCUGGCAAAGGCCCUUCACCUGUCACCGGCAGACCUGAUUAUUGAGCAGCUGAGCGCCACAGAGGAGGGAGAGGAACAAGCCAGUUCAGCGGCGCCGAACGUGGAGAAGACUGUAGACUCUUAUCCUUUUGCGUUUGCGCCAGAUCUGAUGGUGGCGGGGAGUCGGGAAAGACGGAAGGCCAUUGGAGUCGUGGCCGCAGAGUUCCCUCACGCAGAGAUUGCAGAUAGCCCCGGGCUGCGCCCCGAUGCAAACGCCAGCACCCCCAACGCCUCUGGCGCACGGGUCUCAACAGAUCGACUCCCUGGAAAGAGUCUACAUCUUUCCAGUCUUGGUGAUGCAGGCCGGAUGUAUGAGGGGCUAGAACAGCACUCUGAAACACGAGAAGCACGCGGAGAAGAAAGAACUGCAGCUCGUCAGUCUGUCGGUUCCCUGCGGCAGUUGGAUGCCGCACGCGGCACCACCGCAGUCUCGUCACCGGGGGGUGUCAAGAGCCAGGCAGAACAAACUGCGUCGCGCCCCGAAGAACGCGAUCUCGUGUUUCGACUGAGAAUUCUGACGCCGGUUUUCACGCAGUACAUGAAGGCGCUUGGGCUCGACAAGAGGGGAAAGAAACUAAAACUGACAGAGACGUCGGUGUCCUUGUCUGGAGGCGACGGAUCCACACUGCAACACAAAAGGGAGACACCAAGCAGAGACAGCCAGAGACGUGCUGCCAGCAUAAUGGACGACCUGGAGGCCCUUCAGGGUACAGUUUUCAAGCUUCCGAGCCCGCUUGAUGCGUACGUCGAAGUCCAGCGUGUGCGCGACAGAACGAGCAGCGCGAAGGCCUCGGGGAGGGAAGCGCAUCCCGCUGUGUCUCCGAGCGCGUUUCCUGCUGCGCUGGCCUUUCUUGGGCUCCAGGGCAUUCGGCCCCGCCCAAGUCCCCCGGGGUCGUGGGGGGUUCCUGCGGGCGGGCUCGUGGUGUUCGCCGACCCACUCUUCGAGUUAGGCCCGCUCGCGGUGUACGCCGUGGUGUUUCUGGUGGCCUGCGGCUUCGUGUUGGCUUUUUUCGCCAUCUGCGCAUGCACGCGGGAGCACUGGCGAGCCAAGCUCGAUCGAGCGGGGCGCGCAGCAACCGCUGAGAUGCAGCGCUGCUCGCUCCGCAGGCGGCAGCCUGUUCCUCAGCCGCCGGCUUUCGGCAGCGGCGGCCGAAGCGGCGGGAAAGCGACGCACAGCGGAGGGAAGCGAACUCCGCCCCCAGAGUACGUCUGGUGCAAUUCGGUCUACAAUGAGCAGAACGAGUGGGAAGCGGGGGUCCGUGAGGGGGCGCCUGAGCAGCUGCCGGUCCUCCUCUCGGGGGGGGGAGACUCCCUCGGGCCGACUCUGAUGGGGAAACCUGCGCUGCCCACCGCAGAUAGAAAGGCCGACAGGGGGUCCGCCGGAAGGCCCGCUGUUUCCGUCCCAAACGCAGGGCCUAUGCCUUCUCCCCCGCAGGGGGAGAGACACCCAGGUCUCCUUUUCCCGUCGGGGUCGCAAGAAGCCGCGACGACCCGCGGCGGCUGGUCCCUUGUUCACACUGGAAGGGAGACUGAGAGACCAGGCACACUGGAUCCUGAGGCGCGUCAGUCGACCUGUCUCCGCUCGCAGGGACGCAGCCAGCCGCUGUCGGCUUUCUUCAGCAGGCUGAGGAACUUCCAGGCCGACUCCACCAGGGAAGCUGCUUACGAAAGGCAUUCUGAUGUCGGCGGCCAAGGCGCAGGGGAUUCUCGCCUUCCGGAGGAGACGUAG